UUUCGCGUCGCUUGAUGAAAAGGAAAAAAAUUAAAAAAUUAGAAAAUUUAUUUUAACGUGUCUAAGAUCAGAUUUACAUUAUGGCCGCUGCCGUUUUGGAUCAAGAUGCCCUUCAGCAAGAGCUGAAAAAGAGAAAAAUAUGUCGUUUCUGCCUAUGUCAGACAAUACCAAAUCUGACUAACAUAUAUCAGCGUGAUACUCGUAUUAAAACUUCAGCCCCACUCCCUAUACAAAUAAUGGCAAUAGCAUCUAUUGAGGUCUUUAGCAAUGAUGGAAUGCCUUGUUUUGUCUGCUCUGAUUGUACAGCAAUUUUUGAAUUUAGUUAUCAAUUUAAGCAGAUGUGCAAGAAAGCGGACAAUUUAUUACGACAAUAUCCUUUGACUGGUAAAUGGCCUCAGCAAUUGCCGCAGCCAAUAUUGGGGACACCAACGCAACAAACUUUGUCUCCCAUGGGUAUAAAUAAGCAACGUGCCCAAACCACACAAAUUCGCAUCCAAUCGGCCAACAAGCAGAUCGUUCUUCAGGAAUCUCCAGCACAAAUAAGAAAAAUUCUAAAUGCUGCGCCUGUGCCAGACCCGGAACCUCCGCAGCCUGCGCGUCCAAAAUCAGAAAUAUUUGAUGACGAUUUAGCAACGAGCUUUCUGGCCAAACUUGAAAAUAACGAUGAGAUAUCAAUAGAUGACAUCCAGCAGCUUGUGGGUUCUGAAGAUGCAGAUGAAAUGGAUUACGCUGAUCCAAUCCAAAAGCCAACAACUGUCGUUGAGACUUCUUUAAAAAAUAAGCCAAAAAAAUUAUUGAAUAAGGCAUCUGUGCGAAUACUCAACAAAGAUGCUGGUCUUGAUCAAGAGCCAAGACUUAGUUUGCCGAAAAUUAAAAAGGAUCAAGAUGGCAAAAUGGAAAUCGUUGCCGAAAUUCUAAACGUUGAUGAGCCCUAUGAAAACGAGUCGGACCCGAAAAAUGCAGAAGUUAUUGAAACAAAUGUUUACCCUUGUCCUCACUGUGAGCGAUCUUUUCCCUUGUUGCAGCUUAGAGAUAUACAUAUAAAAAACCAUACACGGGACAGAAAAUUCGAUUGCGAGGAAUGUGAUAAAUCGUUUUUCUCCAAAUAUGACCUGCAACGCCAUUCGUUUACACACAACGGCGAGAAACCAUUUAAAUGUUCUGCCUGUGACAAGGCUUUUUCGCGCUCCAGUCUUUUGCAGAGGCAUGAAAAAUCGCACACUGACAUUCCCAAGUUUAUAUGCGUUACGUGCGAGCGACCAUUCAUAUCAAAAGAGGCCAUGGAGAAACACGCAGAACGUCACAAAAUAAAUCGCCCUUUUCAGUGCAAGUUGUGCAACAAAGUGUUCGCCUUUAAGCAAGGCCUGGAACGCCAUGAAGUUAUACACUCUCGCCAACAGCCAUAUCCUUGUCAAUAUUGCAACCAGAGCUUUUCGACUACUACCAAAUUGGCACGUCACUUGACUGCACAUGCUGGUCAGAGACCAUAUCCAUGCAAAUUUUGCAAGAAAUCAUAUCUGUUGUCACAUCAUUUGACUCGACAUUUAAGAUCGCAUAGAAAUCUUUUAGAUACUUCCACGGUGGUCUCAUUUAUGUGUAGCAGGUGCGGCUCCAACUUCGAUACACGUGACCAAUUGAUUGCUCAUUCUACAACACAUGCUACUAAAGAUAAUCUGUCUUGCCCUCUGUGCAAGGAAAGCUUUGAUAACAUUGAGAUGUUGACAGCACACAUAGGUUCCCAUUCGGAGGGUGAGGCAUAUGCUUGUGAAUUCUGCGAUUUGAUCUUUAUGACACCUGAGAAAUUGCUAAUACAUACCGAUGCUGAGCAUGCCCAAGAAAUGGAAGCCUACCACGAAGAUGAUCGCGUACAGGCCGAUUUGAAAACCCAAAACCAGGAAGGAGCUAUUAAUUCAUCAAAUAUCAGCGACGAAACCUUUCAAACAACAGUUGAUGAAAUUCUCUUUGAUGAGUCUUCAGAGUAUGCAGAGAAGCCCGAAAGUCAGAUAAUCAUAAAAACAGAAAAAAUGUCUCCGCAAAUAAUAAACCAAAUUGUGAUCCAGAGUGUAGCGGAAAAUACCAAAGGGGCGGAUGAAACCGAAGAUAACAACAGCCUUCUGGUACCACUGAAACAACGUAAAAUUCAAACUAAUACGAGUAGAACUGAAUCUCAACCCAUGGCACAAAAAUCGACACAACCUUCGCCACAAUUGCGACGAAAAAUUCCUUUAAAUCAACCGACCAUAGAGAAAAGCCUACCUUCAAUUGCAGAUUCGUUGCUUAAAAUGCCCAAGGGUGUUACAGUUAAGAAAACCGUAAUUAAGAAAACCGCACCAAACAAUACCCCCAUGAAAAUGCAAACUUUGAACAAAUUUCUCAAUAAAUUGGAAGUUUCGAAUAAAUCACAAGGAAAUGUAGACCGUUUGACAUCGAAUAAUAGUUCAAGUGUUGUUAAAAUGAAGAUUGGCGACAAAAACGUUAAGGUACAGAAGAUGCGUGUAACAAAGGCCCAAGCUGAGGCUAUGGCCAAGGAAGGCAAAAUAAAAAUUAAGGAUGGGCAAAUGAUUUUGAACAGAAGCGUUCUUUAAUUUAGGCUAUUCAUUUAGUUUGUUCAAUUUCUUUGUAAUAAAAAAUAGAUUUCUAUGACUCCCUAUACAUACAUAUACAUACUUUAUUAUUGUAUUUAUAUAUAUAUAAAAAAUCUUCAAUUUAUAUAAACAUACUCG